AUGCGUUCGCCGGACGGGACAAUACCAAUAUAGACGAAGAAGUGGCAGAUGCCCUCAGAGAUUCCCGUAGCACCGCGGUGAAAGGCACGGGAGGGGUUUUGAAGGUACCAACCUGGAAACCGGAGGAAUGCGCUCACUGUACAGUACUUGUGAAUGAUUCAGAUUCAGAAACUAUAGCAUUUACUGUUGGCCGAGAUUCGGGAGGCCACAGGAAAGGCGGUGUCGGUAUGUGUUGUGACACCCUUGGUGAGGGGUGCUCCUGCACGUCCGGAUCCUUUGCUGCUCUCACAUGAUAUGGGCUUGGCACCAGAUCUGCAAGGAUCACCCGUCCUAUUUGUCUAGUGCUCAUGACGGCAUGAGCAUAAGCCCUAUCAUCAGAAAGACAGGAUCCGUUACAUGGAGAGAUGAUUCUCAACAUGGAUUCCAAAUCCCAAGAAGAGUGAGAGCUACGAAUCUUCAAUCAUAAGGGCAUUCUCCCACCUUCCAUUUAGUUGCGUGCUUCGCACUUUGGGAUCCAGCAACAAUUCGGUUAUCGCCUCUCGCUUGCUUGCAGCCCUGGAAGAAUUGGCCUACAACCACGACACACGGGCGUUUGCCACAGGAAUUUUGCUGCGAUCUAUCGACGAGGGAUGUUGACAAAACCCGAUAGAGCUAGCCGGACCUGCCGGACGUCAGCUUACAGCGGCCUGCUCGCCGUUCUCCGCAAAAUUUAUGUGGGUGCACAUGUGCUUCAACAGAUAGACAGACAAAUGCGGUUAGGAAGCCCGGAUAGGUUGAAAGGAUAAUAACUCACUGCCGCGUUUUUAUAUUCUUGUACUUGCUUGUAAGGACACCUGUUUGGGAGAGCGAACAUGUUUUGACAUGGAGGGAAUCGAGACCGAGUUUGUCAGUCGGCCUUGAUCGCUGACGAAAACCCGAACGAUAUUCCUUGGCUACUUGUUUUCACAUAAAUCAUGCCUUGAGCUUCCCAGCCAUGUCAUACAGUGUAAGACAGAAUUUAUUUAAAUGCUGCAUCUCUCGGACUGGCAGCGGACGCCCGAGCGUAGUACUUACGACGUAAUAAGUGCCCUUCCAUAGGCAUCACGCUGCAGUUCCGAGCAUAUGCUCCCGAGCUAACAAGAAGAUGUCGAUGCCGUUAUCAAUGUUUUCUUUCAUUGACCGACAACAUAAAACACAUGCUUAUCAUCUCAUGAUAAAGGGCUAAGAGGAUUUGACUCCGGUACGCAAGUGCAUCACGAAGAAAGCUGUGCCCAUGACCGGCCUCACGAGAAGCAUAUAGGCAGAAUCAAAGCAUCUCCGGAGAAAAGUAAUAUUUGGCUCGGGGUUUCGUCUCGGAGAGGGAGCAUCAGUAUCAGUCUUAUGAUGCAGCGAUUACAGCUUGAAGCGAGUCCGUCCUAGAUAGGCAUAUCCCGAAAGAGGGUGAGGAAAUCAUGCGUGGAUUUCGACGCAGUGGUUGACUAGAAGUGAGGAUUUGCGCGCACAGGCAGGAGGAGGAGGCAGCAGGCAGGACGCAGGAGGCAGGCAGGCAGGCAUCCAUCCAGUUUCUGUUUUGGGGACAACAUGAUUCUGGGAUGGCGAGGGCAAACGGAAUGGGCGCAGUCCCGAAGAAGGUACGUCGAUGGCACUAAAGUACCGCUGCAUGGUUGCACAUUGAUUCGCGAGCACCGAUGGAUCCGCCCGAAGGAGAAAGAAGCGCUUUAAAAAAUCAUCAUGCUGCAAAUUAUGCAGCCGAUAUUUAUUCGGACUUAUAACUGGAAAUGUGACUAGGUCAUGAGAAAGCCUAUAAAUCAAUACCGCCGGUGUGCGAGUUGACCGACCGUAUCCCAGCGCGAGCUGCGUUUCGGGACUCGGGUACCGGACAGGAGCGUACGCAGUAAGCAGAAUGCGGGAGCGAGGCGGCAAAGGAACCCAGUACGCACGCGCGACGCUGCUGACGGACGUGGUAGUCGGUAGUAAUGGACCGCCCUGCUUUGCCAGGGACCGACGCAUUAACCGGCAGGGGCACGCAUGGAUCCUGGCGGGCAGGCCACGGGCCACAAAUCCAGCUCCCGAGAGCAGAGCGCACCUCGAAAUGAAUAAUCCGACGUCGGCGUCUUCAAAGGCCAAGGACGGGACACGCUCGUCCCUUCGCCCUCGCUUCCCUUGCUGCGCCUUCCCGUGCCUCGGCCCUCGCCUAAACCCUAGCGGGGCCCCCCGUCCGCCCCCAAGAGCCGAGAGCGCGCAGGCCAUAACAUGGGUCAAUGGGUCCAUGGGUCCAUGGGUGAUAGAUGAUGCAUGCGAUGAUGGCCCGGCGUCAGGUCAUUCUCGACGCACAGUCUCGAACGUCGGCGGCCCAGUGGAUAAGCCCUCGGGGCUCCUCUUGGCGGGAAAGGGGCGCUGAAAAGACCCGUUGGCCCGCGCCGGACCGGAUUGUCUCUAGCGUCGACGGCACAGCGGGUCGCGAUGGGCCUCGAUUGGCUUUCGCUUUGUCCUCCGACGGCAGAUGGAAUGUCAUGUCGUGUCGUUGGGUUCCGUUGUUCAGCCUUGUGUGUCGUGUGCGUCUGCAGCGACUCAAGUCACGACGCGACAAACUAGAUCCAGAUCCCGGACCAUGUCUGUUUGUCUCGUGUGUCCCUAGAUGGCCGUGGAUAGUAGAAAAGCCUGCGAGGUGGCCGGGUUUUUUCGGGUUUCACAUGUGAUCAACUUCACGUUAGAUCCUUGCAAACGAACCUUAUGUUUCCAACGAUUCGUUCAGAUGUACAUGAAGUGAAUUAGCACAUGUGACAAACACAUGUACUGUACUCAUUCGAUGUACAGUUUAAACUUGUGUAAGCUAUAUAAAAAUCAAUACAAGUUG